UAACUCAAACAAACAUCGAGGCAAAGCCAAAUUAAGUUGUCACAACAAUGUUGUCUCUUCUUUCUUCUGAUUCUUCUCUAUUAUCACUCCUCUUUCUCUUUCUCAUCCCUUGUCUCUUUAUCACAAGCUAUAUAGGCUUCCCUGUGUUCUUGCUAAAACUCAUCGGACUCAUCAAAAUCAAAGCUGCUCGAGACAACGAGAAACGUGAUGAGGGAACUUAUGUUGUCCGCGAGGAUGGGUUACAAAGAGAACUAAUGCCGAGACACGUGGCAUUCAUACUGGAUGGGAACCGGAGAUGGGCCAAACGGGCCGGAUUGACGACGUCACAAGGCCACGAGGCGGGAGCUAAACGGCUUAUAGAUAUCGCCGAGCUCUGCUUCGAGUUGGGGGUUCAUACAGUCUCAGCUUUUGCUUUCUCCACAGAGAAUUGGGGAAGAGACAAGAUUGAGAUUGAUAACUUGAUGUCUUUGAUCCAACACUACCGCAAUAAGUCCAACAUCAAAUUCUUCCACAGAUCGGAAGUUCGCGUUUCUGUUAUCGGGAAUAAAACGAAGAUCCCUGAAUCUCUCCUCAAAGAAAUCCAUGAGAUAGAGGAAGCUACCAAAGGCUACAAGAAUAAACAUCUCAUCAUGGCAGUAGAUUACAGCGGGAAAUUUGAUAUCAUGCAUGCUUGCAAGAGUCUUGUGAAGAAAUCAGAAAAAGGGUUGAUCCGAGAGGAAGAUGUAGACGAGGCAUUGAUCGAGAGAGAGCUUUUGACAAAUUGUAGUGACUUCCCAAGUCCUGAUUUAAUGAUUAGGACAAGUGGAGAACAGAGGAUUAGUAACUUCUUCUUGUGGCAACUUGCUUAUUCCGAGCUUUUCUUCUCGCCGGUAUUUUGGCCUGAUUUCGAUAAGGAUAAGCUUCUAGAGGCUCUUGCUUCGUAUCAGCGUAGGGAAAGACGAUUUGGUUGUCGGGUUUGAUCCACCUUUCAUCCUCUCUAUUAUGUUUUGUUCAUCUGUAAUUUCUACCAAACUUCUUGCGUAUCAUUGUAAUUUGUGUCGGUAAAAAUCGAAUAAAAUCAGUGAUGCGUUUAUUUCUUU